AUGGUGUCGCCGAUUACAUUUAUGAAGGCCGGAUUCUCUAAUGAUGAGUUCGGUCAUAUAGGAAGCUUCAGGCGUCAAAUGUAUAUACACCCUGAGCAUAGUGACAAAAUUCCGGGUUCCAUUCUGUUACAAUUUGACCAAACUGAAUACCGCAUAUUCCUCUCUGACGAUACAGUGACCUGUUAUUCGUGCAAACAAACAGGACACACUUCCAACCACUGCAAAAAUACAAUAGAAAAUAAAGCCGAAUCAGUACACCUCAAUAACACAAACGCCAAUACGGUUAGUAACGACAUGGACCACAAUGAACAGAUAAUACAAGAUACCGUUGGCGACACCAAUGACACAGAUAUAAGCGUCGAAAAUAAUACCAAGGAAACAAAUACCAUCACCCACACCACACAAAAAGCUACCACUCAAGAAAAAAGGCCUGCACCAUCAACCUCGAAUAGUAGCUGUCAUGAGAACACCUCUAUCCCAACACCAAAUAACCCCACACCACCACCAAUAGAAACUACAAAUAUACGGAAAAACACCGGUUCACUCGCAACCAAAUUAAAAGAAUCUGUCAAAACCCCCCAACCUCAGCACAAAAAACCAAGGCGCUCAAAUUCAAUUGAACUUAUAAUACUCAAACUGGAUGAAGCAUUAUUACCAGCAAAAACUGCUUUUGAGAAAAUACCCAACCUAAAAAUUGACUUUAACCAACUAAAACAUAUUAUUGAAAACACACUCACUGGACAAGAUCCCUCCAGUGUUUUAACACCAUUCAAUAUAUCAUCCAUGGAAAUGAUCGAGAUCUUGGAGGCAGUCCGUCCCAAAAUCAAAAGCAUCUGCAUCAAGAACAGACUCUCGAGUCUAGCCAAUUUACUGCUCGAAUUGACCCCCCUUUCCGACUUCAACUAA